UUGGCAUGCGGCGUCGCUCCAGUUCAGAUACUCAUUUUCCUACUCAAACAAAAUCCGUCAAAUUCAAAUUGAAACAACCAAACAAAACUGCGCCUCUCACCCUGUCACUUUUGACUCAACAUCAAACCAAGCAUAAAGUACCUCUCUCUCCUUGUUUUUGUUCGUAGAAAUGUCUAUGAAGCUGCAACUCUUGUACACCCACACACCCAUAUUUGCAUAUGGAACCACUGACACAGACAAAGCCGAACAAGUUUCCAACACCACAGUUAGAAAACAGAGACUCCCUCUCAACACCGGAACGAGCAUCAUUAAGCGCGUACAAAGAAAUGGAGUUCGUAAAAUUCAUGACACCCAAUUGAAGAAACAUGGACCUGAGAAGAAUUCAGAAGAUGGGGUUCUCCAAAAAAAGAAACUUGGUGUGCACACCACGUGUUCGACGAAAUGGGUCUCUUACGGUGGAAUCAUUCCUUCCAUUUUAAAAGAUUUGGAUAUGAUUCAGGAUGUUGAAGAGGCUUUAAGACCGUGGGAAAACAAGAUUAACAACAAAGAAAGGAGUAUUAUUUUGAAGCAGCAGUUAAAGUGGGAUAGAGCUUUGGAGAUUUUCAACUGGUUUAACGAUAACUCUCAUGAGUUGAAUGUCAUUCAUUACAAUAUUAUGAUUAGGAUUCUUGGGAAGUCGCGUGAGUGGACACUUUUGGAGGGUUUGUGGAAUCAGAUGAAUGCUAGAGGGAUUGUUGCCACGAAUUCUACUUAUGGAACUUUGAUUGAUGUUUAUAGUAAAGCUGGACUUAGAGAGGACGCGCUUUUCUGGCUUGAGACUAUGCUAGAACAUGGGAUUGAACCUGAUGAGGUCACUAUGGUGAUUGUAGUUCAACUGUACAAGAAAGCAGGUGAGUUUCAGAAAGCAGAGGAGUUUUUUAGAAAGUGGUCAUUAGGUGAACCUUUGAGGCCGAGUAAUAAUCAUAUGAAGGCUGCUCCGGAAUUGGACGAGAGGGCAUCGAUUUCCAAUGUUUCUUUCGGGUCACAUACAUAUAACACUUUGAUUGAUACAUAUGGAAAGGCUGGUCAGCUUAAAGAAGCAUCUGAGACUUUUGUUAAGAUGCUUAAACAAGGCAUACCGCCUACCACAGUGACAUUCAAUACAAUGAUUCACAUUUGUGGAAACCAUGGACAGUUAGAGGAACUGAGCUCACUGCUGCAGAAAAUGGAAGAGGUGCGAUGCUCACCAAACACAAGGACCUAUAAUAUUCUUAUCUCUCUACAUACUAAGCAUAAUGAUAUUGAUAUGGCAACAAAAUAUUUUAAAAGAAUGAAGGCGGCCCACCUCGAGCCAGAUCUUGUUAGUUACCGUACCCUCUUGUAUGCGUACAGUAUAAGGAAAAUGGUUUGUGAAGCAGAAGAGCUUAUAUCAGAGAUGGAUAAGAAGGGCCUCCAAAUUGAUCAGUUCACCCAAUCUGCUUUGACUCGGAUGUACAUCGAAGCAGGAAUGCUUGAGCGGUCAUUGUUAUGGUUUCAUAGGUUUCAUCUGGCUGGCAAUAUGAAAUCUGAGUGCUAUGCUGCCAACAUUGAUGCAUAUGGAGAGCACGGACAUAUUUUGGAAGCUGAGAAAGUCUUCCUUUGGUGCCAAGAACGGAAGAAACUCAGUGUCCUUGAGUUCAAUGUGAUGAUUAAAGCUUAUGGUAUAGGGAAAUGCUACGAUAAAGCAUGUCAAUUGUUUGAUAGUAUGGAUAAACACGGUGUAGCCGCAGACAGGUGCAGCUAUAGCUCUCUCAUACAAAUUCUGGCCAGUGCUGACCAGCCUCACAUUGCCAAACCUUAUUUGAAAAAAAUGCAGGUGGCAGGAUUAGUGACUAAUUGCAUCCCAUAUUGUGCUGUGAUUUCCAGUUUUGUAAAAUUAGGGCAACUGGAAAUGGCAGAAGAUGUGUACAAGGAAAUGAUCGGAUAUGGUAUGAAGCCCGACGUUAUAGUUUACGGGGUAUUGAUCAAUGCUCUUUUUGAUGCUGGAAGGGUUAAAGAAGCUUUAUAUUAUGCCGAUGAAUUGAAAAGAGCUGGCUUGCCGGGGAAUGCAGUUAUAUAUAAUUCUUUGAUGAAGUUGUAUACAAAAGUUGGCUAUCUGAAAGAAGCACAAGAAACAUACAAGCUUCUUCAAUCGUCAGAAGAAGGUCCUGCGGUAUAUUCUUCAAAUUGUAUGAUUGGUCUUUAUACUAAACAAUCUAUGGUUGACCCAGCAAAAGAGAUAUUUGAGACAUUAAAGAAAAAUGGAACUGCAAAUGAGUUCUCCUAUGCAAUGAUGUUAUUUUUGUACAAGAAAAUUGAAAUGUUUGAUGAAGCAAUUCAAAUUGCAAAGCAGAUGAGAAAAUUAGGACUCUUGACAGAUUCAUUAAGCUAUAACAAUGUCCUUGACCUGUAUGCUAAUGCUGGGAGACCCAAAGAAGCAAUACAAACUUUCAAGGACAUGGUAACAGCUUCAAUACAACUUGAUGAUUGUAGUUUAAGAUCACUUAGAAAUCUUUUGCUUAGAUAUGGAGCAUCAAGGCAAGCUCUUGACAAAUUACAAGUAUCAAUGAAAAAGGACACUUCCAAUGGUUUACAGGCAUGGAUGUUGGCACUCACAAGUGUGCUUGAAAUGGAUGAAUAUGAUGACAAAUAGAUUUAUUCUCUGCACUUGGUCUUCAAAGACAUUGCUUUGUUAGGCUCACAAAGUUUUGCUGAUGGAUAUGAGAAUUCCAUCAGUAUGACAGCAUGCUGGUAACACUUGUCAAAUUUUGAAGUGCAUUCUAUAAUGCAAGAUUGACAUGAUUCUGUGAUUGGUAUGCUUCAGUUUGAUCCAGUCUUAUGGCUUAAUAUGGCCUAAAAGAACUUGAGUUGGAGCUGUUGGAUGUGAGAAUAGACAACUUUUAUAUGUGAUCUAUGUAAAUCUUCAAUAAUGUGAAGCAGGGUAUGAAGUUCAUCUUGUACUUUUGGCCAAAGCCAAACCUUAAACAAAGCAAUUCUGAAGCCUUGACUUUCUAUCCUAUAUUAUAUAAUGACAGAGAAGGAAUCCGAUGAAGGCAAGCUCGAUCUCUUGAAAUUUAGUUGAACUAUGUGAUGAAAGUGUACAUCAGUAAAUAAAAACUUUAUGGGCCUUUGUUUGUUGUAUAACAAGUUGUAUAUGUAAAAUUGAUAAUUCCUUUUUGAGAAAGGAAAAAUCUUUUAGUCUAUUUACUUUUUUAUUUUA